CCCACCGUCCUGUCCUGCCUGCUCUGCCCCGGCGCUGUCUCCCCUCUAUCUCUCCCCCUGCCGAGGAGCGUCGCGCAGUCACCCAGUGCGUCCCCUCGCCAGGACUCCGCACUUCAGGACAGCGGACCGCGGGACUUCAUAUAACUCAUAAGCCAUCAAGAGGAAGAGGAGAAGGAGAAGAAGGAGGCAACACCGCAGAAGAAGUUCUCGAGGGAAGAGGGGACUCCCCAAAACCUGAGUCAUGAGUCGCAGCAUCGUGCGGCAGAGUAAGUUUCGCCACGUCUUCGGGCAGGCGGUCAAAGCUGAGCAGGGUUACGAUGACAUCCGCGUCUCCAAGGUGACGUGGGACAGCUCCUUCUGCGCCGUCAACCCAAAGUUCCUGGCCGUCAUCGUUGAGUCGAGUGGAGGAGGAGCGUUCCUCGUCCUGCCGCUCUCCAAGACAGGCCGUGUGGAUAAGAACUACCCGCUGGUAAUCGGCCACUCUGGACCCGUCCUGGAUAUCGACUGGUGCCCUCAUGACGACAACAUCCUAGCCAGCUGCUCAGAAGACUGCACAGCAAUGGUUUGGCAAAUCCCAGAUCACUCCCUGACCCGUCCCCUGUCCGAUCCCAUUGUGGUGCUGGAGGGUCACUCCAAACGGGUCGGCAUCGUCAGUUGGCACCCCACCGCACGCAACAUCCUCCUCACUGCCGGAAGUGAUAAUCUGAUAAUAAUCUGGAACGUGGGAACAGGCGAACCUCUCAUAUCCAUGGACGACCACCCGGACCUCAUCUACAGCGUCAGCUGGAACCGAAACGGCAGCUUGUUUUGCACCACCUGUAAGGACCGACGCCUGCGUGUCUGUGACCCCCGGAAGAGGGAAGUGGUGGCGGAACGUCUGGCUCCACAUGAAGGCAUCCGACCAAUGAGAGCCAUCUUCAUUAGAGACGGAAACAUUUUCACCACCGGAUUCACCCGGAUGAGCCAGCGAGAGCUCGGCCUCUGGGAUCCGACAAACUUUGAAGAGCCUAUAGCGCUUUUGGAGCUGGACACGAGUAACGGAGUGUUGUUACCGUAUUAUGACGCAGACGCAAACAUGGUCUACUUGUGUGGGAAGGGGGACAGUAGUAUCCGUUACUUUGAGAUCACGGAGGAGCUGCCGUACGUCCAUUACCUCAGCACCUUCAGCAGUAAAGAGCCGCAGAGAGGGAUGGGCUUCAUGCCAAAGAGAGGUGUGGACGUCACCAAAUGUGAGAUUGCACGGUUAUACAAGCUACUCGACAAAAAGUGCGAGCCCAUCACCAUGACAGUUCCUAGAAAAUCGGACCUCUUCCAGGAUGACCUUUACCCUGACACAGCAGGGCCUGAUCCCGCCAUGGAGCCUGAAGAGUGGCUGGACGGCCGUGACGAAGAUCCCAUCCUCAUCUCCAUGAGGGACGGCUACGUGCCGCCGAAGAGCCGAGAGCUCAAAGUGGCGAAGAAGAACGUGCUGGACUCCAGACCCACCACCAGACGCAGCAUGUCCGCCUUGGACACCAACAGCUUGCCUCCUCAGCUGCUUGAGAGGCUACUGGAGGAGAUUCAGAAUCUGAAGGCCACAGUUUUGUCUCAGGAGAAGCGGAUCUGCGACUUGGAGAAUAAGCUUUCCCAGUACACCAACGGUACUGCCUGAUGUGCAUGUGAACACAUCAGUUAAAGAACUGGUCUGAAUUUCAGAAUCACUGUUAUUAUAGAAAUGCAUUUUCACUGCACUGGCAAGAAAUCACCCUUCUGAGAACUUCAGCCAUUUUGCCUCCUUGAACAUAUUGUUAAAUAAUGCAAAUAAUUUGUUAAUCAAAUUCCUGUCAAACUCAGAGGCUUUGUGGCCAUUUCUGCAAAAUUUCUAAUCUGAG